AUCUGAUGCUGUUGUGGAAGUGACGUCGGUUAGAGUAGUCUGUGUUGUGUGUCUCAGUUGGAGCUGUAUUAAGGAAGCAUAGAGCGGAGAAUGGCGGGCCUGUGGAGAUCCUACCAGGCUCUUAUGACCAGGCAUCCAUGGACUGUCCAGAUAAUCACAGCCGGCACGCUGGUGGGGGUGGGUGAUGUCAUCUCCCAGCAGGUGCUUGAGAGGCGGGGUCUGGCCAAUCACAACGUGACACGGACGGCCAAGAUGAUGAGCAUCGGAUUCUUCUUCGUCGGCCCUGCAAUAGGUAGCUGGUACAAGGUUCUGGACAAGCUGGUCACUGGGGGGACGAAAAGUGCUGCCAUGAAGAAAAUGCUUGUUGAUCAGUUGUGCUUUGCACCGUGUUUCCUGGGUGCCUUCCUGGGGAUCUCUGGAACCUUGAAUGGACUGACUGUGGAGGAGAACGUUGCCAAGCUCAAGAGGGACUACACAGAUGCCUUGAUCUCAAAUUACUAUCUAUGGCCUGCAGUCCAGAUUGCAAACUUCUAUUUUAUCCCACUGCACCAUCGAUUGGCUGUGGUCCAGAUUGUAGCUAUCGGCUGGAAUUCCUACUUGUCCUGGAAAGCCAAUAAGAUGUGAUGGAUAUUUCAGGACCCGCCCUACCUCACACAUAUAGGACUAUCAAUGAGACUUUUACACCUGCAAAUAGUGUUAUACACUGAAUCCAGAAAGCUGUGAAUCGCACACUAAAGUUAGCGGUCAGGAAAAAAAUUGUUAACAAACACUAUGAAAUAUUCAAACUUUAAAAA